AAUAUGAAGUCACCGUUUCGAAAAGGCUACUUCACACUCCCUGUCGCCCCUUAAACCCUAACCCUCCCAAGUUUCCCCUCAGUCUGGUCUCUCCUUGCACCUCCAUUACAAUUCUUCUUCUGCUUCUUCAAUGGCGGACCUUGAAGCUAAGCCUCCUCUCUCCCCUUCUUCUACUCUGGAGAAACAGUUCGAGGACUUCCGUCACCGUCUGGAAGAGUCUGAAAGCUUACGCGAACGCAUUCGAGCUGUCGCCAGGGAGAUCGAGUCCGUCACCAGGCUCAUUUACUCUUGUCUCCUCUUAGUUCACCAGUCUCGGCCCAUCCCUGAGGUUUAAGAGAAGGUGAAGGCUCAGAUUAGCAAAUUGAAAGAGCUUUUCCACCGGCUUGCUGGAAUUCUUCGAGAAUGCCCUGGCAGUAUUAUAGGUGGUAUCACGGUGAUUGGAGGAGUGAGACACAAACAGUAGUCUCACUGCUGGGCUUUAUGCAUUGGUUAGAAACAGGGAGUCUUCUUAUGCAUACCCAAACGGAGGAAAGACUAGGGUUGAAUACUUCAGAGUUUGGCCUGGACAUUGAAGACUAUCUUAUUGGAAUUUGUUUCAUAUCCAAUGAAUUGCCAAGGUAUGUGGUGAACCAAGUGACAGCUGGGGAUUAUGAUUGCCCAAGAAAGGUGUUGAAGUUCUUAACAGAUCUUCAUGCAGCAUUCCGCAUGCUUAAUCUCCGGAAUGAUUUAUUGCGCAAAAAGUUUGAUGGAAUGAAGUAUGACCUGCAUAGAGUUGAAGAAGUUUACUAUGAUGUUAAAAUCCGAGGCUUGACAGCUAAUGGGGAUUCAACAAGAGAUCUAGGAAUCCAAGGACAGUCAUAGGUUAGACAAGUAAGUAUGUACACCUUAUAUCAUUUCUGUUCAUAUCGUCACUUGUCCAUUUGUAUAUCUUGGGGAUAAAUUUGUUAUUUGCCAAAAAAACCCUGAAUUGGUCAAAGAGGCACAAUAGAAUGGGAAGGAACAAAAAAAUUGAUUUGGACAAGAAUUGGUGCUUUUAGUGUUUAUAAAAUCUCUGCUUGCAUUGUACUAAUUGGUGAAAUAGUUUUCGGUACAUUUGCAGAUUCUAGUUUAA